AUGAAAAAAGCCUCCAAGAAAGAGAUGGAAAGGUCCUUAGAGCUAUACUUUGAGAUCAAGAGGCAAAGAGAGGGUAUUGUAUCUCCCGUGGAUACAAUGGGGUGCUUUAUCGCCCCGUCUUGCCAUACAGAGGAAGAGAGGAGAUUCCGUAUCCUGGUCUCCCUCCUCUUGUCCUCCCAGACGAAGGAUGAGGUGACACAUGAGGCUACCGAAAGGCUGAGGAGGUUUCUUCCGGAAAACACUGCUGCCGAUGGAGACACCCAUAACGGCCUAACCAUAGAAAACGUAAUAAACUCAAGUGCCGAGCACAUCAACGAGUGCAUCAAGAGGGUGGGAUUCCAUAACAGAAAGGCAGAGAACUUGAAAAAGAUUGCAGAGAUCCUGAAGAAGAAGGGCCUUCCGGAGAAUAUGGAGGACUUGACCUCACUGCCCGGGGUUGGAAACAAGAUGGCCAUCCUGUACAUGAACCAUGCAUGCAACAAGGUUGUUGGGAUAAGUGUGGACACCCAUGUGCACAGAAUAUCAAACAGAAUAGGGUUGGUCAAAACCAAGGACGUUGAAAGCACCAGGAAAGAGCUGGAAAAGAUUGUUCCGAAAAGAGAGUGGGGAUCAAUAAACAGGACCCUGGUUGGGUAUGGGCAAACGAUAUGCGUUGCAAAAAGACCCAGGUGUAAAGAGUGCUGCAUCAGGGGUGAGUGUCCGAGCAGUCUCUUUUGA